AUGAGCAACUAUACUAUUCGACUCGCAACUCAGGGGGACUAUGAAAGUGUUUUAGCGAUUGGUGAAGUGUACAACGGCGUGGAUUAUCUCCCUUGUAAAUAUGCUGAGUUCUUGGAAGAUGACAACUACUUGAACUUUAUAUGUAUCGUAGAUGGAGAAGUGAUUGGUUUCCUGUGUGGAGCUUUGAUUGACAACCGGGAAGCAUUUGUUCUGAGGGCUGGGAGGGUCAAGGAGGCCUAUCAGGGUCAAGGUUAUUACAGAGCCCUGAGGAGCCAUGUAUACCAAACAAUGUCGAGGAUCAAAUCAGUGAAACAAGAAAAGGUGGUUGUGUUCAACAAGAUAGCUCAGAAGCUGCAACAACCAGAUAGUGGAUUUGAACAUAUAGCUAUGCAGAAGGUUUAUACGUAUGAGAUACCAGAAGGUUUUGUUGAAGGGACAUCAUCUGACCUACAGCCUUUGACCCAGGAAGAGCUUCAGCGCCUGCUGUCUGACCCGGAAACACGUGACUUCCUGUUUCCGGAAGGGAUCCUGUAUGUACACCGCGUGCCCUACAAACUAAUCGAGGGCAACUUCCCAAGUAUUUUUAACAAAAGAACUGUCCUGUUUGGCACUCCAGCCUGUAGCUCCCAAUAUAAGCUGGUGACGUCUGGACAUUAUUUCAAUGUUAAGAUAGGCUUUCGUUAUAUUUUAGACAUAUACGGAUCGUCGUCUAAAGAAUUCGAGGAUCAUUUUAAGUCUCAUUUGGCAUUCAUUCGGGAAUUGAACAAAGGAAAGACAGCUAUAACUAUCUUUACCCCUCCAACAUUCCCUGUUGAUGUACUUGACGAUAUCCUGAAACGUGUCGGGGCUGUUUACCUGGAGUCAUUUCUCUCAGAGGAGCAUUCCUUCAGAAGAUGUGUUUCAGAAUGACUUCAGUGAAAAUGUUUCUCAUUGUGUAAUUGUGCAUAUGAUAUGGCCGAAAUUUCUUAAAGCAUCUUGUUCACAAUCUUACCGGUGUCGAUUCUUGAAGAAAAACUGUGUGUGUCUUUUGUUUGCAUUUUAAAGUGAUAUUUAGGUUGUAAGACCCUGCCUAUAAAUAAUCGUGCCAGGACAACGAAAUCCAGUGAGCGAUGGCGUGAGCAAAGAAAGAUCAACGCCGUCGGGAACUUUACCUGGACACAUGAGAAUAUAAUAUGAUAUCCCUGCCAUAGUAAUCUUUGAGUGGUCAAAUGCCACUAUUUUACAGGAUAUGUUCGUGGU